GAGUUCCUUCUCUUCCACCUUUCGUGUGGCGCAGCGACCAUUUUUUCUUUCGGAGACUCGGAAGCUCCUCCAGCCGAAGGCGCUGUUCUGCGGAACGGAAUCGUUCGCAAGGAUGAAUCACUUCGAAGUUCAGCAGAACGCCUUUUGGGCCUGUGAAGAGACGAGGUCCGCCUUCGUCUCUGAUCGGAGGGAGCCGGUUGUUUGCCCCAAACCUCGGCGAGUCAGCAUGUUAAUCAACAGUCCGGGCAGGCCCUUGAGAUGCUACCCGAGUCAUCCGGCUGAGGUAUGCGAAUCAAAAGCAGGGGUAGAGCUUCUGGACAUGAUUCUCAUGAAGGAAGGUAAUGGUGCAGGGCAAUCCAUGACCCAUAUGGCUUCAUCGCCGCCCCCAUUUUUUUGUGGGUCACCUCCUAGUAGGUCUGCUAACCCAUUAGCUCAAGAUGCUCGGUUUGGGGACGAGAGGUUUGCUCCCUUAUCAGCAUUGCCAGUCUCUUCCCCCUCGGGCUUGUUAUCUCCAUCAUCGUCAGCACGCAUGGGAUUGUGUGUUCGAACGAAGUUUGGGCCCAAACCGGCUGCAGUAAGGGUAGAAGGAUUCGAUUGCCUCAAUAGGGAUCACCAAAGUUCCAGCAUCCCAGCAGUUGCUUAAGAUUUCAAGCAGUGUACAUAGCGGGAAGCUAGAUGCCACAAGUCCACACAAACACAUCCUACUUAACAAUGCAGAGGGAGUUUUGAAAUUUUUUUAAAGGAAGUUGAUGGAGAGCGAAUUCUGUAUGUAUAUACAUUGUUUGUAUUAUUAAUCUAUGUCUUAGCUAAUAUCACUGUAAUUAAGUCGAUCAAACAAAGGCGGCGAUGCCAAUCCUUGUCUUGUGGAGAAAGGCUUGAUGCGCACCUUUUUUCCCUCCUCUCUUAAGAGUAUGGGUCUUUUGUAAAAUAGGAAGAAUGAGGGGUGUUCUGAUUUGUAUCUGUUGGCACCAUGAACUGUAUAGAGCCAGCUUGUGUUGAUUUGUUGAAGUCUUCUGCUUUGUAAAUAACUCUUGCAAGUAAAUGUUUAUGGUUUGGUUGUGUGUCUGGUAA